AGAGUUAUCUAAAAGAAAUGUGCCUCCACCACGCUGCUUUCAGGUGAGGAGCUGACACAAUGCAACAUCUGUUAAGCAUCAGCAAAGUGGAUGAAGAACUGGAUGAUUAAGAGACAUCAAAAUGAAGCUGUCAGAACCAUCAUCACAAAAAGUUUGUGUUUUUGCAGAGGUGCCACAGUGGCUGGCUCUAGACUAGAAGUUAUUCUGUACGACUUUCAUCAGUUGUCCCAAAAUCAGCACAAAUUGUGUCUCAAAUAAUGCCAGGGCAAGGCAAGUCCCGCAGAGCAGUCUAGAGAGCUUGGCAGACUUGGUCAUUCAAAGGAACCGCCUGCAAUAAGCUAAGGAGAGUCAGGCAGGUUUUCAGAGUGGAGCACUGUAUCCUGGAGAACAGAGGCUCUGGAAAGUAGCUGACAGCACAGUGAGAGGGUAACACUGGGACCCAGAGGGCUAGUGCAAUUUUGGAUGCAUAAAUAACAGGGAAAUGGAAAAGGCUAUAUUUUUUUCAAAAAAAGUGUUGAAAUCUUGGAGAUGUGCAAAAAAACCCUCUCAAUAAGACAGCUAGUGGAACAGGUGAGUGGAGAGGAGAAACUUGCAGUGCUCCAGGUCUUUAAUUUAUUAAGAAUAACUCCCUGGUCAUGGGAAGUACAUACCGUCAUGCAGUGAAGGUGCUCUGCCAUAAAGGGCUCUCUGGCCAAGCAUAGGAAGGUAGAGGAGGAUGCUGUGGCUGGGAGGAUUAGACAGGCAAUGUCAAAUGGGAAGAAAAGCACGUGGUUAUAACUGUGAGGGUGAUUAGCACUUGAGGCAAAAAUCAAGGGAUGGAGGUUCUCCAUCUCUGGAUGCCCACGAGCCUGCAAUAGUGCAAUUUCUUCCAGGAAAGCAUACUUCAACAAAUCCCAUGUUAUUGGGCUCCAGAGAGGAAAAAAACGUGUGUACCUCCACUGUUUUUGACAGGACAGCAUUCUGCAUCAGUUUGGCCUUCAGUCUCAUGAAUGGAUGAGUGUGGAGGAGGGGUAGUACCAAUUUAAUUCUACCCUCCUUGACUGUGGCUAGCAGCUAGAGGCUGUCAAUGAUGCUUGUGUCCCCUUAGUGUUGGGUGACAGCUUGGAGCAUUAUUUUUCUGGCUGCAGUUUCUCUCAGCCCAGUUUCACCAUGGACACAUUGUCUAGGUGCAGCUUCUGCAUGACCCAAAGUAGCAACAGGAUGGAACUUGUGUGAUCUGGACCCAUAUGCCCAGUCCUCUCUCUGAGCAGGGCAUAGGGAGGGAGGACUUGCUUCCAAGUCCUUGCAGCAAGUCCUUAAGUCCUGCCAUUGCACUGCUCAUGAAGGCUGGGCAAGGGCCAAAGAGCCUGGGGUCAUUUUGCCUCACUUCUGUUCACUGAUAGUGGCGAUAGUGGCUGGAAGCCAUGACAGGGCAGGACACCGUGGUGCCAGCCUUUAGACAGAUGCAUGUAAGGCAAAAGCUAGAGGUAAAUCAGAGGGGCUGGAAGGAGAAGCAGAAGGAUAGGUGGCCCCAUGCAAGCAAUAGGACAGCCAGGACUCUCCAGUGAUGUGUCCUUUGGAAAGCACUGACCACAACAUCCAUUUAAAAGUCUCACUGUAGAUAACGGGUUCUGAAGGUUUCUCCCCAAAUAAAUACAACAAAAUUGUGUGAUGCUUGAGAACUGCAGUGUGCAUAGUUUUAUGACCAAACUGAUGGCAGCAAAAUCCCAACCUUUCUAUCACUGUUACAGGGAACUAAAGAUGAGAACAAGUAUGUGGCUUGGCCCGCCUGCACCAUGUCAACCAACAAUCGAUCCAACACCAACUCUUUGCCUUUUCUCCUGACGGGCAUCCCUGGCCUGGAAGCUCUCCACAUGUGGAUUUCCAUCCCAUUCUGCUUUAUGUACAUCAUGACCUUGCUGGGAAAUAGCGUGGUCCUUCUUGCUGUGAGGCUGGACAAAAGCCUCCAUGAGCCUAUGUACUAUUUCAUUUCCAUGUUGGCUGUCAUUGACCUCGUCUUCUCAACUGCUGUAGUUCCCAAAAUGCUGGGUGUAUUCUGGAUGGAUUCAAGAAAGAUUGGUUUUGAGGCCUGCUUCAUCCAGAUGUUCUUCAUCCACACUUUCACUGCAGUGGAGUCAGGGGUGCUCCUGGCAAUGUCCUUUGACCGGUAUAUAGCCAUCUGCAACCCUCUGAGAUACACCACCACCCUAACGAGCUCAAGGACCAUCCAGAUAGGACUGCUGUCUCUGGCCAGGGGAGCCGGUGUCAUGACACCUUUGAUGUGCCUCCUCACCAGCUUACCCUACUGCAAAACCAGAGUCAUCCCUCAUUCCUACUGUGAGCACAUGGCCGUGGUGGAGCUGGCCUGCACCGACCCAUCUGUCAGCGAUCUCUACAGCCUCAUCGUGGCAACACUAUUGGUGGGGACAGACUCUGUCUUCAUCACCUUCUCCUAUGGUAUGAUCCUCAGGUCUGUGAUGAGGCUGCCAUCCCAAGAGGCUCGUCUCAAGGCCCUCAGGACGUGCGGGUGCCAUGUUUCCAUCAUCCUGCUGUUUUACGUAGGUGGCCUUCUCUCCAUGUACCUGCAGAUGUUCUCUUUCGGCUUGGCACCUCAUGUCCAAGUCCUGGUGGCUGAUUUCUAUUUGACGGUCCCUCCUAUGCUCAACCCCCUCAUUUACGGCAUAAAGAUGAAGCAGAUCCAGGAAGGGAUCUUCAAACUGCUGGGGAAGUUGGCAGGACUCAGUAUCUCACAAGCUGAUAAAGACCGGUCAGAUGUUGAGAGAGGUAGGCACCGCCAGAAAAUAAUUUAUCCCAUCCUAGAAUAGGUGUGAAGUUAAGUGCAAUGAAUUAUCCCCCAGAAAUGUCCGUCUCUCUCCAGUGACUAGAAAGGGAACCUAGACCAGAUGCCUAAUGCUGACAAGGCAAUAGGUUAUUCACAUGAAACCAAUGGGCCAGUCCUGAUGAGUGCUGGGCAACUGUCCCUUUGGUCAAGGCACUCCUGUUUUCCAAGAUAUCACUGGGAAAUGUUACAUCGUGGUAGCUCUCUGAUAUCACUAGCAGCAUUUUAGCCCCUGUGGCACAUGGCUGAGGUGCCCCACAGACCAAAGCGCAUCAGCCAGAGAGGACAGUUCACCCCACCAAGUACCAGCGAGGUGAUACCAUGGUGCUCAGUGCCUUAGGUCCCAUGUGGAGGGGAGGAGAGGAUGCCCUGACCCCUUCCUUGCUCACAAGGGAUGGGAAUGACUCCCCCUGCAUCUCCUGCACCCAUCCAUGCAAGAGGCAUCUACUCUCCACUUCUAAUCGGUAGUCAGACCAGUGUAUCUGAGAAAUGUCGUGGCUACCAGGAUCUCUAGGGACAGGAGUCUGCUUUAAUCAAAGGCUACAGUUAGACAUUCACUGUGGCAGUCUCAGCCAUCACCUCCCACACCUCUUUGUGCAUCUCCACCGUAAACCCUGACCAGGACCACAUGCACGUUGAUGCAAAGGCAACAUCGUAAGGUGAAGUGUCACAAGUCCUCCAACAGGUGUUUGCAAAUCCAGCAAAGCAAAUGCAAGGAACCACAAGCCAACCCAAGUGCCAGCGCUGCAGGAAUCAGCUGGAGAGGAGGAACCCAGGAUGGUGAUGGUGCUCUGCAUAGAAGCAAUUGCUGCUGCAUACACUGAGCUCAGAAAAACACUCAGACAUCUAAAGCGAAAGCUGUUUCCUAUUCCCGACAUAACCUAUGGUUACAGGUGCCAGGAAUGAUCACAGAUCACUCUAGGAAAAAGUUACUUCAUAAUUCCGCAAAGAGUGAAUGCAGAUUUAUCACCCGCUUCGGAAAGAGGAUGGUCUACUCAAGAAGUAAGGAAAAGAAAAUGUUUCCCGUAAAAUGUGAUGCAUCCACCCAUCUUUGCUUCCUUCCUUCCUCCCUUUAUAGAUCAUCCAAAUCUCUCUCAAAACUGACAUAAAUCAUGAAAGUCCCACUGAUAUGCAUCAGCUGGAAAACUUCAAAGAAUCAUAGAAUCAUAUAAUAUCUCAAGUCGGAAGGGACCCAUAAAGAUCAUCGAGUCCAACUCCCUGCUCCUCACAAGACUACCUAAAACUAAACCGUAUGACUAAGAGCAUCAUCCAGGUGCUCCUUGAAUUCUGACAGGCUAUUGUGUAUUGUAUAUUAAUCUUGGCUAUCAAUGUUUAGGUUAGACAUGUUUAAAAAAGUCUGCCAGAAAGGUGUUCAGCACUUGAACAGGUUGCUUGGAAAGGAGGCAAUCCACCACUGGAGAACCUUAGACAAGCAUCUUGCUGAUCCUGCUGCAGGGCAGGAGAAAGGGCCAGGCAACCCGGCAUUGGACCCAGGCCCUCUGACACUGGGCAUCGAUGGGGAAUAGAUAAGUCCGUAGGGAGUUAACGUUUAGUGUGAGACUGAAACUGGGAGCAUUUUGCUGCGCAGAAAAGGACAGAGCGCAGGGUGCUCCCAGCUUGUAUGGAAGAGCUUCCAUAUAUGUUCUUACAAACUCUGGUUAUGUUUCUAAUUGCUUCCUCAGUCAGCAAGGCAAACGGGGGGUUAUCACCACUCAGGACCAGCACCACUGCCACCGAUGGUGUUGUACAAUGUGCUCCCUGCCAUCAAUGCCUUAAGAGAUGCUUCUGCCUUCAUUGAACGCUGCCAGAGAUCAAUGCGUGACUCUGGACACUGGGACCCUGAGAGAGCAAAGGACUAAAAAUUAAAUGUGAUCUUUUCUGUCUCUGCUUCCUGCUCUCUGCACCAAGACCAUCUACAGGAUGGUUUUUCCACAAAUAAAAAAAAAGUUUAAAUCUCAAAACUUCAGUUCCAACAGAAACCACAGGUGAGCUCUCAGCUUGCCACCUCCAACCUUGCACAGGCAGAAAGGCUCAAGCAAUGUGAGUGAUGGCAAACUUCACCCUUGUGCCCAGCCAUGCACCAUUGCCAGUGCUUAUCUGAGCCACUAAAAUGUCUAAAAGGAAAAAAACCUCAAGAUACUAUGAACAUGGUCCAGAGCCACUGGCCCAGGUCACCACUGGAAAGAGCCUGUCUCCAGCCUCUUUGCACCCUCUCUUUGGUUAUUUAUAUACAUUAAUAAGAUCCCCCUGCACCAUUUCUUCUUCAGGCUGAGCAGUCCCAGCUCUCUCAGGCUUUCCUCAUAGCAGAGAUGCUCCAGCCCCUGCAGCAUCUUCGUGGCCCUUGGCUGGACUUUCUCCAGUAUGUCCAUGUCUCUCUCAUACUGGAGAGCCCAGCACUGGACCCAGCACUCCAGGUGUGGCCUCCCCAGUGCUGAGCAGAGGGGAAGCACCAUCUCCCUCGACCCGCUGGCCAUGCUCCUCCUGAUGCAGCCCAGGACACCCUUGGCCACCUUUGCUCGUGGUCAACUUGGUGCCCACCAGGACCCUCCAGGUCCUUCUCUGCAAAGCUAUGUUCCAGCUGGGUGGUCCCAGCCUGUGCUGGUGCCUGAGCUUGUUCCCCAGUCCUGGCAGGACUUUGCACUUCCAGUUGAACUUCACAAGGUUCCCGUUGGCCCAUUUCUCCAUCCCACCGAGGUCCCUCUGGUCACCAGCACACCCAUCGGGUGAAGCAGCCACUCCUCCAUGUACUUUAUAGGUACAAGCAAGGAAAGGUUGGUCCUAGCUGAGCAGGCGUCCUACCCGCAGUGGUCAGGACGUGCCCCCCAGUACUCAUGAUUUCACAGAGAAAACUGCCACCGACUUGGUUGUGAGCAGGAUUGGGCUUUGUGAAGCGAGGGAUCUACUCUCUGCCCACUGCAGAUGUCAAAUCAAUGAUGAAACAGUGCUGGUGGUGCAAGUCCCGACUAGUUAGGGAGUCCUGGCUGCUGGCAAGUUUGGGGGACAGCAUUUGCCCCGGCACCAUGCGAAGGUGGAGAAGAGCCCUGAUUGCUAACGAAGCAGAUGCUUUGGUCUGCCCUCACGCAGGUGACACGGGGCGGCUCAGUGCAAGGGGCACCAGCGGCAAAGACCACCCUGCUGCAGCCCAGCCCAGCCAAGCCCCGCAGGGUCCCCUCUGCAAACAGCCCCCAGAGAAGCCCGUGCACGGGGCUGCGAUAGUGGGGGGGGCUGGGGGUGUCCCUGUCACUGGAGCUCUGCCUGUGACACCGAGCUGCUCCUAGCUUGUGAUUUCGCACUUGCUCCUGGCUGGGGCAGCUCCAGUUUGUCCACCGAGGAGCCCCAAGGAAAGAGGCACUUUCCCUUGUUUACCUACAAAGUAGCCGUGACAGCAACAGAUAGAUGCAUCACGGCUGAGUAAUUAGCCUCGGGACACUUCCAGCUAUUAGCAAUAGCUCACUUGCUAAUUUUUAAUCUCUCCUUCGGGUGAAGUGUCCAAAGCAAACAACAGUUUAACCCUGUGAGUGCUGGCGGGAGUAGGAGCCUGCCAGCAGAGCUGUUUGGAGAUGGGGCACGGAGACCUGCGCUGCCCACCAGCCUCCGCAAAGGUACCCAGCCCCGGCCAUGCGUGGAGGUCUCCACUCCCUCCGGAGCUGGUUGCAGAGUUGCAAAGCCUUUAGUGUGAGGCCAGCACCCCUGAACCACCACGCACCUCGAGAUGGGGACGCUGGUUUGGCUGCAGCUCCCUGAGCAGUGCUGGUGCAAAUUCCUCGAGUGUGGCAGCAAUACACAGACCUGUCUGUGGGAUGGCAUGAAAGAGCUGGAUGAGCAUGCACAAAUUAAAAGGUUUCAGCCCAUACUGCCCCUGGCAAGUCCAGCACUGGCUGCUCAGGGCCCCGGGUUGGGCACAGACCCCAGCUCCCACCCAUCCUCCUGCCUGUUCACCCCCUGCCUGCACCAGCCCAGAACCUGCACCAUUCCUUCCCACCAUUGUCCAUGCCCCAGCCUCAGGCUACUCAAAAUUAAUGUAUAUUUUAAUCCCAGCUAAAUUAACACUAUUCAGUGGCAUGUCCUUACAUGGCUGUAGUAUACAACCCUUCUUGGGAUCUGCAGCACAAAAGGUCCCUUUUGGAAACACCACCCAAGCCCAGACUCCCAGCAGUGGGUGCUUGAGGUGCCGCUGGAACAGGUUGUCUCAUUUCACCAUGGCAUUUUCAGCCCCUAAAAAUGUCCCAGCCCUGGGGCUGGUUUUGGGUGAGGGUAGCUCUGAUUUUUACAGACCUCUGAAAAGUCUGGACUUCACUCCUGUUCUUCGUACCAGGCAGCUGCCCCACGGACCCAGGGGAGCUGCACAAAGUCUGCAGCUGCCCUGAGCAUGGGGAGCUGGAGCAAACCCCCCCCAGCACCAGGGUAGGGCUUGGGGGUCCCCAGAGGACACCCCAGGAGAGUCUCUGCCUGGCCAUAGCUGGCACCGGGGGACAGGGAGGCACAGCUGCCCAAACACACUUCCCUCUGCAAAGAGGACAGAGGGUCCCAGAGCCACCAGUGCCCCCAUGCAGGGCUGGGGGGUGUUGGAAAGGAGUUAAUUAU